AUGCAGGGGGGCAGAGGCGGUCCAGGUGGCAGGAGUCCUUUCUCUGAUUUCAAUGAUCCGUUUGCUGGUUUUGGGGGGUUUGGUGGAUUUGGGGGUCAGAGGAGUUUGAUUUCUAAUCUUUUUGGAGGAAGGGAUCCAUUUGAUGACCCUUUCUUCACUCGCCCAUUUGGAGGUAUGUCUCCGUUGGGAGGUAUGGCCCCGUUGGGAGGUAUGUCCCCGUUUGGAGGUAUGCCCCCGUUUGGAGGUAUGCCCCCAUUUGGAGGGAUGUUGGAGUCGAGUUUUUUUGGUCCAGGUGGAGGCAAUUUUCCAGAUAUGCAGCCAACUGGGUUCAUUGAGCAUCAGGCUCCAGAGCCUAAGAGACCAAGGGGCCCAAUCAUUGAGGAAAUAGACUCUGAUCAUGAAAAUGAAGAUGCUGAUAAUGAGAAAAAAGAAAAUCCUCGAAAACGCAGUGGACCAAGCAAUGAACCUUAUGUUGAGGAUCCUGAUGAUGAAGUUGAAGAGAAGAGCAGCAAGCAUUUGCAGCAUAGGGACAACUAUAACCGGUAUAAUGCUAUGCAAUCCCAGCCUCAAGCUCAUAGCUUCACAUUUCAGAGCUCCAGUGUCUCUUAUGGUGGUGCCAAUGGUGCAUAUUAUACUUCAUCCAAGACAAGAAGGAUGGGGAGUGAUGGGUUGGCUUUUGAAGAAAGUAAGGAAGCUGAUACUACUUCUGGGCAGGCAACACACAGGGUAUCUAAGGGGCUCCGCAAUAAGGGCCAUUCAAUUUCUAGGAAGCUCAAAACAGACGGUAAGGUGGAUACAAUGCAGACCUUGCACAAUCUUAACCAAGAUGAGAUUUCCGGUUUUGAAGAAGCAUGGAAAGGAACUGCUAAAAAACAUUUGCCUGGAUGCACUGAUAAAUUUGGUGGUUACGAAAAUCUAGGAGCUAGCAGCAGUGGACGUGAGGAGGCUAGUCGGGGAGGUUGGGCGCUUCCUUCCACCGAGAGUUCACAGAACCCUGGAAAUAUGAUGUCAGAUGCCAAAGAGAAGGCAGGAUCUUCCCGUUCGAACCAGUCUGGUAGGAAGAGAGCAGAUGUUAGGGACAAGAAUGGUUAUUCCCGUGGGAAAGCAAGAGAUUAG